AGACCACCAAAUAUUAAUACAAAAUUUAAUUCUUACCAAGAAAUUGAACAUCAUUUUCUUAUAGCUUCUUUAGUAUAUCAAAUAUCUUUGCUGCGUGGAUUUAAGACAAUACUACAAUUUGCAAAUGUAAAUGCAAUUAUCAAAGGUUUCAAACAGACUUCUUUAUCUUCUUUAGGUAUAGCCUUUAUGAUAAUUGUAUUGAUCGUUAGAAGUCCAGUGUCAUCGAAUUUUCACAAACUGGUGUAUGCUUUGGCAACUCAUGGUGUCAGUCGUAUAUCUUUGGCAAUGGCACUUCAACGAUAA